UCCAAGGGGGCUCUGCGACGAAGAUGGUGUCUGUGCUGCUACCCCGUGUGGAAAGGCUCUCGUCGCGGGUGAUUCGCGUGCUGGGCUGCAACCCGGGGCCCAUGACGCUACAGGGCACUAACACCUAUUUGGUGGGGACUGGGCCCAGAAGGAUCCUUAUUGAUACAGGAGAGCCAGAUAUUCCGGAAUAUAUUAGCUGUUUGAAACAAGCACUCACUGAAUUCAGCAUCUCAGUCCAGGAAAUUUUGGUAACACACUGGCACUAUGAUCACUCUGGAGGCAUACCUGAUAUUUGCAAAAACAUUCCCAGUGCUCCUGAAUAUUGCAUAAGUAAACUUCCACGUAACCCACAUCGUGAAGAAGUAAUAGGAGAAGGAAAGCAAAAGUAUUCAUACCUGAGUAAUGGAGAUGUCUUAAAAACAGAGGGGGCUACUCUCAGAGUAUUGUAUACACCUGGACAUACAGAUGAUCACAUGGCUUUACAUCUGCUAGAAGAAAAUGCUAUAUUUUCUGGUGACUGUAUUUUAGGAGAAGGAACAGCUGUAUUCGAAGACCUUUAUGAUUACAUGAAAUCAUUAGAAACACUACUGGGAGUGAAAGCUGAUCUAAUAUAUCCUGGACAUGGACCAGUAGUAAAUGAGGCAAGAGCUAAAAUUCAAGAAUACAUUUCUCAUAGAAAUGCACGUGAAAAGCAAAUCCUGAAUGCCUUGCAAGAGAAUGCUGGGAAAUCUCUCACAUCAAUGGAGCUUGUGAAAAUUGUAUAUAAGGACACACCUGAACACUUGCAUAAAGCAGCAGAAAUCAACCUAACACAUCACUUGAAGAAACUAGAAAAAGAAGGGAAAGUGUUAAAUGAAAAUGCUUCCAACUUCAGGUGGAAAAGCAGUUUAUAAAUAUGACACAAAAAUUAGUGUGACGCUGAUGUGCAUAGAUGGCCCUCUGUGAAUGAAAGAGCACUGAAAUUGACCUUGUUGGUACAAAGUCAGAGCAGUAUUUUUUGUCAUGGAAAAGGUGUUUGAGUAAUAUAAUCUACUGUAUGAGGUAAAGCCAUUAAAUAUGGCCAAGUUAUUCUACCUUUCCACAAAAUUAAAGUUAAUAAAGUACAAUUAUUUAGAUUAA